AACAGCAACAACAGCAGCAACAACAAUAACACCAAAUGCUGCAGCGGCCGCCAACGUCGCAGCAGCUGCAGCGGCAGCAACAGCAGUCGUUGCUAAUGCCGCUGCCGCUGCUUCCGCCGCCGUCCCCUCACCAACAAGACCUGCCGCUAUCGGAACACUGCCGGCGCCAACGUCACUAGCGUCAGGCAUCUUCGGUGGCAGCGGCGUCGGCGGUGGAUUUACGCCGCCCACCAGGAAUAUGCGCCCAACGCCAAGUCUGCCUAUUUCUGAUUCUGGACACACACGUCGCCGAAUGAUGUUGCCACUGCCAACCCAAGCUCAUCCCUCGGAAACGGAAACAGACAAAAAGCUUAAAAUGAUAAUGGGCCAAACGGGUAAACUUAAUAUUAAUGGCCGUCAAUAUCCAACGGAUAUUCAUGAUCUGCGGCAUUUGGGUGAUCUGGGCAAUGGAACCAGUGGCAAUGUGGUCAAGAUGUUGCACCUGUCCAGCGAUACGAUAAUUGCUGUCAAACAGAUGCGUCGCACGGGCAAUGCCGAGGAGAAUAAACGUAUUCUCAUGGAUUUGGAUGUUGUGCUAAAGUCGCACGACUGCAAAUACAUAGUCAAGUGUUUGGGCUGCUUUGUCACUGAUCCGGAUGUCUGGAUCUGCAUGGAACUCAUGUCAAUGUGCUUUGAUAAGCUGCUUAAGCUCUCCAAAAAACCGGUGCCGGAGCCCAUACUUGGCAAAGUCACUGUGGCGACGGUAAAUGCAUUGUCCUAUCUGAAGGACAAACACGGCGUCAUUCAUCGGGAUGUGAAGCCCUCUAACAUUUUGAUCGAUGAACGUGGAAACAUAAAGCUAUGCGAUUUUGGCAUAAGCGGCAGACUGGUCGACUCCAAGGCGAACACACGUUCGGCUGGCUGUGCCGCCUAUAUGGCUCCGGAACGCAUUGAUCCCAAGAAACCAAAGUACGAUAUAAGGGCCGAUGUUUGGUCGCUGGGCAUAACGCUUGUGGAAUUGGCUACAGCGCGUUCACCUUACGAGGGCUGCAAUACGGACUUUGAGGUGCUUACCAAGGUGCUGGACUCGGAGCCACCAUGUUUACCACGCGGCGAGGGCUUCAAUUUUAGUCAACAGUUUCAUGAAUUCGUCAUCAAGUGCCUCACAAAGAACCAUCAGGAUCGGCCCAAGUAUCCGGAGCUGUUGGAGCAGCCAUUCAUUAAGAUCUACGAGCAAGCCAAAGUCGAUGUUCCCAAUUGGUUUCAGAUUGUCGUCGAUAGUGCCGCUGGCAAGCGAAUACGCGCCAAUGGCGAUUCCACGCUGACGAGAGCAACAACAACAACGGCAGCAGCAACAACAACAACAGCAGGAACUACACGAACUAAGGAAGCUGCCACAAAGUAUGGCAGAAAUGUGGCAACUUUAACGGCACGCAGUCCAACAAAUUCCCAACUGACUACGGCGACGACGACGGCAACAAAGACAAUAAAACCGACGCAGAUUCCAAGCUAUCAACAACAACAGCAACAAUCGCAAGGAGGGUCCCAAUAUUUCAUGCAAUCAGCCACACAACUACCUCAAACAACAACAACAACAACACCAACAACAGCAUCAGCAUCAGCAUCAGCAACAACUUCAACAAGCAACUGGAGCAGCAACAGCAACCAGCCCAUUGAGUAUUUUAGCAGUGGUGGCAGCGGCAGCAGCAGCGCCAGCCCAAUGUCGCCACCGGGAGGCGGUGGCAUCAAUGAUAUCAACAAAUUGUACCGCAAAUCGCCGUUCAUGCAACGCAAACUGAGCAACGGUUCGCACUACAAAUACAUCGAUGAGAGUCCCAAAAAGGAGUCGGUGUUUAGCAGCAUAGGCCAAUCUAUUUUACGCAAUUUGACAACGUCGCCCUUUAGCCAAAAGAAACAUAAUCCAACUGUAACAGCAACAACGCCCAUUUUACCCACAGCCACAAUGACAACAACAACAACAGCAACACUGCCGCAUAUUAACCCUAAAACGCCCACUGACCCAUUGGGCACGCCUACGUGGCGUCUGCCACAAGCGACGGACAAGACGUUGCCAUUUGACACAUGUGAUAGUAUUUGUAACGCCAGCAACGCAUUGGGAUCACCAACGUUGCAGCGCAAGCAGCUGAUUUUUGAGCCAACAACAGCAACAGCAACAGCAGAGGCAUCAACAACAACCGUGACAACAACAAUGUUGCAACUUAAUAGUCAACAACAGCAGCAGCAACAACAACAGCAGCGCCUGCAACCAGGCAAUCAGAGUCCAAUUGUGCUACAGCGUUUCUACCAUCAACAGAAUCAAUUGCGUGAAAAGGAGGCGGCCGAGCGGCAACAUCACCAUCAGCAAAUUCAGCAGCAACAACAGCAGCAACUGCAACAACAGCAACUGCAGCUACAGCAUCAACAACAACAGCUAAACUAUUAUCAGCAACAUUUUCAUUAUCAUCAGCCAUUGCCACUGCCACAGCAGCAGCAGCAGCAACAACAACAGCAGCAACAACAAGAACAACAGCAGCAACAACAGCACCAGCAGCAACAGCAGCUGCCACGUCAACCGAUUGGAACGAGCACAAAUCCGUUUCACAGCAAUUAUGUGGCACCUUCCUCAUCGCACUCCACUUCUAGUCAAUCGUCCACACAGUCGACAUGCUCACAAAUCGGCAUUGCAGCCCCGCCAACUCCUUCUCCAUCUCCAUCUGCAGCAACAGCUGCUGGACACUUUGGUAUCGGCAAUGCGGCACAGUUGCAAUAUCAACCAUUGCCGACAGCAACACCAGCAGCAACAUUGACGGCAACAACAGCACCAGCAACAACAAAUACAACGGGAAGCGCACUGUACGGUAGUCUGCCCUGCAGAUCGCCGGAGCAACUGCAACCGGCGAUAGAAAGUGGCGGUGUCUCAAUGGUGGGCAGUAAGCUCAGUAAAUUGUAUGCACGUCGUCAGCUGUUGGGUCAAAGUUCGAGCAAUAAUUUGGAUGGACGGGAGCAACAUGUGUACUCCGGCACAUCGGAUGCGGGCUGGUUCAAUACAUUCGCUGGCGCCAUGAAGCGACAAUUUGCGACCUAUGUUAAAACCCAAUUGAAUUCCACAGCGACGUCUCCAGUGACUCCAAGCACCACCGCUAAUGGGAACGAGUUGAUAGGCGGUCUGGAUCCGGCGCUGGCGCCUCAACCACAACCACAACCGCCAGCAUAUCGAAGCAUUAUCAACAAUGGUUGCAACACCGCAACCACAACAGCAACAACAACUGGAAGCGGUGGCAAAUCGUAUUAUUAUCGCACCUUGUCGGCGGCUAGCAGUAGCAGCAGCCACAAUACCAGUCAAAGCACCUCACCCACCACCGAACCACUAAACCACAGUGGUGGCAUUGGCAGCAGCAGCAUUGGCCACUGUUCCACCAGCGGCUUUUUGCGUCGCUAUGCGAGCAGCGGAGGUGGUGUUGGUGGUGGCAUUGGCGGCGGCAUUGGCGGUGGCAGCAUCAGCACACCACCAAGUCCACAUCUGCUGGCGGGUCUCGAUCGACGACAUCGCAGUCCGGAUCCACCACCGCGCUACAAUCGCGGCCAAUCGCCGCUGCUACUCCGGAAGAAUCUGCUCGAGUUGAGCGGACAACCGCCCGGUUCCCCAUUGCUGCAACGACGUUAUGUGUCGGCUUCACCGCCGUUGCCACCACCGCGUCGUGGUUCGGAGAGCGUGCCAGGAUCACCGCAACACUUUCGCACCCGCAUCCAUUAUACUCCCGAGCCACAGCGUCGCAUCUAUAGGACAAUAGAUCAAUGAGUAGCGCUGCAAAUAAUGGUCAUGUGAUGUUGGUAUGGCUUCGAUGAUGUUGUUGCUAACGACAACGAUGAUGAUAAUGAUGAUGCAACAACCACAAGUGCGUCAAUUGCAACUCGUACAGCGGCAACAACUUCAGCUACAACAGCAACAGCAACGAAAGCAGCUGCAACACACAGACACUCGAUGGACUUGUGAUGCUUGACUUGGGCAUAAAAACAAAAAAAAAAAAACAUACACAGCAGCAGCAACAACAACAACAACAACAACAAGAAACAGCAACAGCAAACGAAAGUGUUCAAAAGUCUUAUAACGUAUAAGUUUAGGGUGUAGCUAAAGCUAUAGUUGCGUCUUCUUAUUUUAAAUUGGUUAUUUCACAAUGUUUUUUGUUUUAAUUUAUAUAAUCAUUUACAUAAAUAUAUAUAAAUAUAUUUAUUAUUAAUUAUUGUGCGUAAUUGUGUAUGUAAUUGUGUGCGUGUGUAAAUUGUAUAUAUCUAAAGCCUAGACAACAAUCAAGUUAAAAGUUGAACAACUAAAAUGUAACUGCAAUAGAGCCAUACAUAGGUAUCCGUAUUUAUAUCGGAAUAUAUAAAUUUAUAUACAUAGAAAUAUAGCCAAAAUCAGAACGUAACAACAAUUAAUAAUUAUAUAAAAAAAAAAAAAAAACACUGUGCCCUAUACAUAAACAUAAACAUGUAACCUAUAGCUAUUGACGUAACAGCAACUUUUUUACAUAGACAAACAUAUAUAUCUGAAAUAUGCCUAAAACCAACAAUAAUUGUGCAAUAGUUGAAAGCAAUAACAUCAUUUCUCUCACUUUUCGAUUUUCUAUAUACUUUGCUAUAAUCAAAUCAAAAUGCCUAUAAAUAUAUAUAGAGAUGCUCCUCAAUAUAUAAACUUGUAAUUGUAUCGUAAAAGCAAUUUUGAAUCAGCCCAAAUUAUAUGCAAGCUGAAAGCCUUUCAAUCAAUAUUUAUAUGCCCCUUGCGACACAAAAACUCCCACUGUCCGUCUGUUUUUGAUCAGUUUUCUAGCUCUGUAGCAUUUUUAUAACAUAUAGCUGCCAUAUAGCAUAGCAAUAAUCGAGCGAGAUUUCAAAUCGUUUUAAUAUAUUAUAUAGACAGCCAUAGCAACAAUUGGAAACACGCUAAUAACAAUUUCCCUUGUAUUUUUGAUACAAUUUGUGAUAGAAAUCGGUUCAUUACAUACAUAUGUGUAUACAUAUAGCUGCCAUAUAGGAUUGAUCUGCAAGGGUACUACAAUUUCGGUUAGCCGAAUAUAACUGUUCUUUCUGCUUUAAAUUUGUUUUGAGCAAGUUCCUUACAAAAUACUUACUUACCUUAUACAUAUAAUACCUACAUAGAAUCGAAGGGAGAACUCCAAACAACAAUAUUUUGUAUGUAUGUGUCUGUAUGUGUGAGUCUGAAUGUGUGUGUGUGCGUGUAUGCAGCUAGCGACCUCAAUGUUUUGUUCCUGUGCUUGAGUUGAAUAACAAUCCCAAAAAAAUAACACCUAUUUUUUUUUUUUUGAACUGUAGGUUAUGUCAACGAACCUAACCUCAAAUUGUAUAUAAAUUUAAUAAAAUAAAAUAGAAACUUAAAUGUA